GCGCGGGCCCCGGCCGCCUGGCUGCUGCUGGCCGGGCUGCUGUGUGGCGGCGGGGUCUGGGCCGCGCGAGUUAAUAAGCAUAAGCCGUGGCUUGAGCCCACCUAUCAUGGUAUCAUUACAGAAAACGAUAACACGGUGCUGCUCAACCCUCCCCUGAUCGCCCUGGAUAAAGACGCGCCUCUGCGCUUCUCAGGUGAGAUUUGUGGAUUUAAAAUUCACGGGCAGAAUGUCCCCUUUGAUGCAGUGGUGGUGGAUAAAUCCACUGGUGAGGGGCUGAUUCGCUCGAAAGAGAAACUGGACUGUGAGCUGCAGAAGGACUACACGUUCACCAUCCAGGCGUAUGACUGUGGGAAGGCGCCUGAUGGCACCAACGUGAAGAAGUCCCAUAAAGCAGCUGUCCACAUUCAGGUGAACGAUGUGAAUGAGUAUGCACCUGUGUUCAAGGAGAAGUCCUACAAGGCGACGGUCGUCGAGGGCAAGCAGUAUGACAGCAUCCUGAGAGUGGAGGCGGUGGAUGCAGACUGCUCCCCCCAGUUCAGUCAAAUUUGCAGCUAUGAAGUCGUCACCCCAGAUGUGCCAUUUACUAUUGACAAAGAUGGUUAUAUAAGAAACACAGAGAAGUUGAACUAUGGGAAAGAGCAUCAGUACAAGCUGACAGUCACUGCCUAUGAUUGUGGAAAGAAAAGAGCCACAGAAGAUGUUUUAGUAAAAAUCAGCAUCAAGCCCACCUGCACCCCUGGCUGGCAAGGAUGGAACAAUAGGAUUGAAUAUGAACCGGGCACUGGUGCUUUGGCCCUCUUCCCCAAUGUCCGUCUGGAGACAUGUGAUGAGCCUGUCGCCUCUGUCGAGGCCACAGUAGAGCUUGAGACCAGCCAUAUAGGAAAAGGCUGUGACCGUGACACCUACUCUGAGAAGUCCCUUCACCGACUCUGUGGGGCUGCUGCCGGCACUGCUGAGUUGCUGCCCUCCCCCAGCAGCUCCCUGAACUGGACUGCUGGCCUCCCCACUGACAAUGGCCACGACAGCGACCAGGUCUUCGAGUUCAAUGGCACUCAAGCUGUGAGGAUCCCAGACGGCGUCAUCUCUGUCAACCCAAAAGAGCCUUUUAUGAUUUCUGUGUGGAUGCGACACGGGCCAUUUGGCAGGAAAAAAGAGACCAUCCUUUGCAGUUCAGACAAAACAGAUAUGAACCGGCACCAUUAUUCACUCUAUGUCCAUGGUUGCCGGCUCAUUUUCCUCCUCCGUCAGGAUCCCUCAGAGGAGAAGAAAUAUAAGCCUGCAGAAUUCCACUGGAAGUUGAAUCAGGUCUGCGAUGAGGAAUGGCACCACUAUGUCCUCAAUGUGGAAUUCCCAAGUGUAACUCUCUACUUGGAUGGGGUUCCUCAUGAGCCCUUCUCUGUGACGGAGGAUUACCCACUUCAUCCAUCAAAGAUAGACACUCAGCUUGUGGUUGGAGCUUGUUGGCAAGAGUAUUCAGGACUUGAGAAUGACAAUGAGACUGAGCCUGUGGCGGGGACCCCUGCAGGUGGUGACCUGCACAUGACCCAGUUUUUCCGAGGUAAUCUGGCUGGCCUGACAAUCCGAUCUGGGAAACUCGCAGAUAAGAAGGUCAUCGAUUGUCUCUAUACCUGCAAAGAGGGGCUAGACCUGCAGGUCUCCGAAGACAGCGGCAAAGGAGUGAAGGUCCAAGCCAACCCCAACCAGUCUGUAUUGACCUUGGAGGGAGAGGAUCUUGGGGAGUUGGAUAAGGCUAUGCAGCAUAUUUCCUACCUGAACUUGCGCCAGUUCCCCACUCCUGGAAUCCGGAGACUCAAAAUCACCAGCACUGUCAAGUGUUUCAAUGAGGCCCCCUGUAUCACUAUCCCCCCAGUGGAUGGCUAUGUGAUGGUUUUGCAGCCGGAGGAGCCCAAGAUCAGCCUGAGUGGUGUCCACCAUUUUGCUCGGGCAGCUUCCGAAUUUGAAAGCUCAGAGGGGGUAUUUCUCUUCCCUGAGCUUCGAAUCAUCAGCACCAUCACAAGAGAAGUGGAGCCCGAACGGGACGGUGAUGAGGACCCUACAGUUCAAGAGUCCCUGGUAUCUGAAGAAAUUGUGCAUGACCUGGACACCUGUGAGGUCACCGUAGAGGGAGAUGAGCUGAACCAAGAGCAGGAAAGCCUGGAAGUGGACAUGACGCGCCUGCAGCAGAAGGGCAUUGAGAUGAGCAGCUCUGACCUGGGCGUGGUUUUCACAGGUGUGGACACCAUGGCCAGCUACGAGGAGGCACUGCGUCUGCUGCGCUACCGCAACUGGCACACCAGGUCCUUGCUCGACCGUAAGUUCAAGCUCGUCUGCUCGGAGCUGAAUGGCCGCUAUGUCAGCAACGAAUUCAAAGUGGAGGUGAAUGUAAUCCACACGGCCAACCCCGUGGAGCAUGCCAACCACAUGGCCGCACAGCCACAGUUUGUGCAUCCCGAGCACCACUCCUUUGUCGACCUGUCGGGACACAACCUGGCCAGUCCCCAUCCUUUUGCAGUCGUGCCCAGCACUGCGACCGUGGUGAUUGUCGUGUGCGUCAGCUUCUUGGUGUUCAUGAUCAUCCUGGGAGUGUUUCGGAUCCGGGCCGCUCACCAGCGCACCAUGCGGGACCAGGAUGCGGGGAAGGAGAACGAGAUGGACUGGGAUGACUCUGCCUUGACCAUCACCGUAAACCCCAUGGAGGUAGGCACGGACAGGUGGCAUGGUUGGGUGAUUGGGCACAGGUGGGGGGUCGGGGUUGGACUUACCCCACCAUCUCUUUGUUAGACUUACGAGGACCAGCACAGCAGCGAAGAGGAGGAGGAGGAAGAGGAGGAGGAGGAAAGUGAGGAGGGUGAGGAGGAUGAUGACAUCACUAGCGCCGAGUCGGAGAGCAGCGAGGAAGAGGAAGGGGGGCACGGAGACCAGCCGGGCGCCAGCAGGCAGCAGCAGCAACUGGAAUGGGACGACUCCACCCUCAGCUACUGA